GGGACAGGGGACAGUGUCACACAGCCCAACGGGCUCUGAUCAUCUCGGUGUUUCUGGGGCGGUGGCAGGAUAUGUUAUAUUUGAUGACUGGGAUAAUAUUAUUGGCCAGAGAGACUGCAUGUGGUGCUCUCUUAACCUACAACUACAUACAGCUGGAGAGAGCAUGCUGGGAAUCUGUAUGGGGGACAUUACUAAAGAUACACAGAGGUUUGACUGCCAGUGGCUGCCUCCCCCAGAGCUGUGUCCAUACAAGUGCCGUAUUGGAGAGGAGCCGACACUGGGAAAUGAAAAAUAGGAUUGUGUACCCACCGCAGCUCCCUGAUGAGCCUCGCCGACCCGCAGAGGUCUACCAUUGCCGGAAGCAGAUCAAAUACAGCAAGGAUAAGAUGUGGUAUCUUGCCAAACUGAUACGAGGAAUGUCUGUAGACCAAGCUAUCGCGCAGCUGGAGUUUAAUGACAAGAAAGGGGCCAAGAUUAUGAAGGAGGUUCUUUUAGAAGCUCAAGAUUUAGCCGUACGGAAUCACAAUGUGGAAUUUAAAUCCAACCUAUAUGUCGCGGAAUCCUUUUCCAACAAAGGCAAGUACCUAAAGCGGAUCCGUUAUCAUGGACGUGGCAUGUUUGGAAUAAUGGAUAAGGUCUAUUGCCACUAUUUUGUCAAGCUGGUCGAAGGCCCGCCGUCUCCUAAAGAAGAGCCAAUGACAGGCUUCCAGCAGGCCAAGGAAUAUGUCCAACAGCUUCGGAGCCGCACCAUAACCCAUGGCUUGUGAGAUCCCAGAGCUAUAUAUGGUGGGGCAGCUGUAGCCUUGUGAUAUGGCAUUUUCCUGUUCAGAACUAAUAAACCACUUUGAUAUAUAAAUA